AUGGCCAAGAAUGAAGUGAUUGCCAAAGAUGAACAGGAAAAAUUCAUGGAUAAGAUGUUGAAAAAACGAAGAGUAAGGAUAAAUAAUUUUUCUUUAAGGUUUUUCUUUCUAGGCCAAGCUCAAGAAGUUGCAAAAACAACUGGAUUAUCUGGAGAUUGCGCCAGUGGAAGAGGAGAUCAAAGAAAAGUUAUGCAUUGAACAGAAGAAUAAUGUAAGUGAAGCUCUUUCUGAGAUGUUUUGUUUAUUUUUUAAUGUUGUUGUUCUCUCGUUUUAGACGCCCUUCGGCUACACUUUCACCUUCAUUGUGUUCAAAAACCUUGUGGAUGUAGACUUUGAAGUUUUUAAGUCUCAUAAAUUUGGCAAGAACUUGAAGGUGAAUGACGCUGCAGAAGAGGCGUUAAAUGGACACAGCAAGAUGGUCAACAAAUAUCCGAUUUUACACAAGGUUGCGAUUGGAAAAUGGGUGAAUGAUCACUUUGAAUAUCUCUUUGAGGAGACGGACUUCGAUGAGAACUCUGCAUAUGUGGUGAUUUGCACAAGGGAGAAGGUGUUUUUGGUAAGAGUUUUAUUUUUUGUUUUUAUUGUUUUAGAAGCCGUGUAACGGAGCAUUCUACCUCCUGCAACCUUUCCGUUGCCAUUGGAAGCCAUCCAUUUUUGUUACCAGAGUUUUUAUGGAGAAGUUUGGACUGAAUUUUGAUUGGGAAGUGGUGCAUUCUGACGAAGUAAGACUGCCUUUUGAUAUUGAGUAUUUUUCGUUUAGGAGCGUUGUUAUCGUUUUUCUAAGUGGGGUAGCCCGCACAUCUAUUUACCUUACUUUUCACUGCCGUCUUCAUCGCUACGAUUGGAAUGGUUCUAUGAAGCUUACAAGAAUCUGGAUUGUUUGAAAAAAUAUUUUUGUAAUUUUGAGUACCAAAGCUGUGAACUGGCUCUUCCAUUGAACCGACCAGAUAUAGACUGUGAAUCGCCUUACAACUUAUCUUCCCAUUAUUCGCCAGUGGAAGUUGGGUCCUUAGUAAGUUUGAAACGACUACGACAUGUAAGCAAUUGCAGCUUCAAGUAAAUUGUAUUGUAAAGUACGGGCAGAUGAGGGCUGGUCGGAAGAUUAUCUUGGACAAUGAGACCCCAGAAGUUGCGGAUGUCGCGUUUGAGCUGGUCGGUGGAGAAAAUUUUGAUAUCAGAACGAUGAAAGAAAAGAGACGCGAAACCGUUGAUGGUGUCCUUAAGAUCGAAUACGAUGCGGAUCUUUGCAAACAUGUUCCCGUAAGAAAUUUUGAAAGUUUCGUCUACUUUUUUAGGCAUAGCGAAGAAAUAUUUUUUCCGUGUUUCAGGGAAAAUGUUACUAUCACUUUAUCUACCGGACCAACAAGAUCUCCCUUCUCGCUCCACCGAACCUUUCCUUCCUCGAUGUCCAUGAAGAAUUGGCCACAAGAUUGUUUGUAAAUGAAUACAGCCUCAGCAAAUGUUAUAUCCACUCAAUUGAAAAGGGAAUGCUGAUCACGAAACAUUGCAGAGAUGUGAAAUUGCGUCCUUAUGCCGCGUAUAAAAUUGACAUUUGUGAAGAUGAUGUUGUCGCAAGAGGUCCCGAAUGA